AUGCUCUUUGGCAACCUUGAAUGCACUCAGAAAGGUCGAGUGCGGCUGCCUGCGGAGAUUCGAGGCGGCGCCGUCUACGCGGACGACUUUGGUGGCGUCUGGGUGACAUCAGAGGAUGCCCAAGAGGUGUUGUACUACGCACCUGACGCGUUAGCCGCCGCCAUAGAGCAGCAGCAGCGGCAGGCGUGUCCUCCCCUGAGUAUCCACGGCACCUCUGUUGCGCCACUGUCUACCGCGUCUCCGGCCUACGCAGUCGUGUUUCGCUGUGACGCCCAGAAGGGCACGGCAGACGGUGUGACUCGAGAGGAUCGUGUCUACUCGCUGUACUCGCUUAGCCGUCAUGCGUGCGUCGCCGGAAGUUCUCGGCGUGACCUGUGCAUCGUCACAACACGCGGCACGCUGGCAUUUGUUCAAAUGCCAGCCAACCAUUGCCAUGACUCGCCGCUGCGGGAGAUCGCCGCGCAACCAUAUCAGGAGGUGCACCUCGACAUGCAUGUCUGCGCUGCCACUGUCACCAAUGGUGCUGCUCAGAACCUCGUUCUGUGCUGUCACGACGGGGCUUUCACGGAGGUGAUUCGCGUCGUUGUCGUCAGCUCUGCCGAGCAGUUCGACAGCGUUGGCUCUGCUGCCGCUGACAAGGAUUGCGAGGUGGAUGCAACUGGGCUGUUCAGAGUGGAAGGCCGUAUCGAGGCCGUGCUGCAUGAUUCCGUGCUGGAUGUGCUUGUCACGGUCAGCGACACCGGCAAUGUCGACUUCUGGGAUGUGGCUUCCGCAAAGGAUGUGACGGCGAUGUACGGGUCUCUGUCCUGGGACUGCGACCGGUACGGCGCUCCGACGUGUGCACUGCUCUGUCGCAGCCAGUUGUGGGUGGGACUCACAACGGGGCAGUUACUGGUCUUCCCCCUCUCUAAUUGCCCCGGCGGCGCUUCUCCCCCCCUGUUGCACAGCGCUCAGCUUUUACGCGGCCACACGUCGCGCGUGACUGGCCUCAUGAGUAUGUCUCUGGGCACGUGCGUGUGGAGCUGCGCUGCGGACUCAGCUAAGGUGAAUGUGUGGGACGCCGGCACUGCGGCGCUCUGCGGCUCUUUCGUGUUUCCAGAUAGCGGCCUCGUGGCAUGGCAGGCCGGCGCAGCCCACGUGCGCACAGCGCUCUGGGGUAUCGACGGCGCAACCGGCGAACCGAGCCUUCUGCAGGUCACUCAAUCGCUAUCAGACCCCAACGGCACGCAGGCGAGGACGCGAGAGGAGACGCGUGCGCAGCACCACAAUGAGGCUCUCCUGCACGCAUACCAAGUCUUCUGGCGAUCAAUGGCGCGGACACUUCGUCGCCUGCUGCUCGGUGAUGCCAAGGAUGCUGACGCGGGGGCUGAGGAGGCUAUGCCGACGGCACUGCAGCUCAUUUGGCAAGAUGCGAGCGGCGCCGGCGAUAACAGGGACGUCCUCGAUGCGAUUCAUGCCAUGUGUGAUACCUUGCGACGACUUCGUGCUGCACACCGCAGAUGGGAUCCCGAGGGCAGUGACUGCACUAGAGAUCUCCCGUCGUUGAUGGAGGCUUAUGUCACGUGGUAUGAGGAGCAGGGACGUGUCUCACGCGAGGUGGAGGCGUUGCUGCGCGCCUUGAACGCGUGCAGCUCCGAAGCGACAUGCCUCACGUCACUUGAGGACGUUGAAGAGGAAGUGAUGCUGCUUCGUGUGCGCGUGGACGAGCUUCAGUUCGAGUUGGCACAGGUAAGCGAGCGCCGCGACAGCGAUGCUGUCCACAAGGGAGUUGCAGCGGCUACCGAAGACCCCAUCGCAGUGGAGCUGCAGGACGCACAGGCAGCGCUGCGUGACAAGAUGGAGGAGAACCGGGAGUUAAAGGCCCAGCUGAGCGAGGCGCAGCGCGAGGUGGCGUCUCUCACCUCCCAGCACGCACGUACGCAGCAGCUACUGGAAGCCUCUGAUGAGCAAGUGGAGCAGCUGAAGCGGUCACUGCUAACCGCCAAGAGGGCGGCCGAGGUGAAAGUGUCUGAUGUCUCGUCCAUGUUUGAGAUGGAGUCGAGGCUGCAUGAGUCGCAGGGCGUCAUCGCCGAGCUCUCUGCCAAGGUGGAGACGCUCCUGAACGAGGCGGAUGUGGCGAGGGUGUCGCUGCGGGCGUUCGAGGAACGGCAGGCGGCCGCCAAGGAGGUACUGCAGCGAGUUCUGCGCACUCAGAAUGACCUCGCUGACGAUGUUGGGACGCUUGUUGACGACGUGAGUGCGGCGAUUGUGACCUUCAAGAAGUGCCACCGCGCUUCUCUCACAGAGCACGCUGUUGCUUUAGUUGGGGUAGUAGAGGAGGCGAUGUACCGACUUGAGUUGUCAGUGGAGAAGCGACUGCGAGAUGAGCAGUUGUGGUUUCAGUCCCUCUCCCAUGGGCUGAAGGCCGCUAUGACGUGA